GCGGCCAUGGCUAUGUGUGACCCUGAAUUUGGCGGUGGCAAGAUGAAGGAGACAAGCGUGGGGGGCAGAUGGCGUGGGUCCUGGUACGAGCGGUUCGUGCAGCCCUGCCUGGUCGAACUGCUGGGCUCGGCCCUAUUCAUCUUCAUCGGGUGCCUGUCGGUCAUCGAGAACGGGGCGGACACUGGGAGGCUGCAGCCGGCCCUGGCCCACGGGCUGGCCCUGGGCCUCGUCAUCGCCACGCUGGGGAAUAUCAGUGGUGGACACUUCAACCCUGCGGUGUCCCUGGCGGCCACGCUGAUUGGAGGUCUCAACCUGGCGAUGCUCCUUCCCUACUGGAUCUCGCAGCUCUGCGGGGGGCUGAUCGGGGCUGCCUUGGCCAAGGCGGUGAGUCCUCAGGAGAGGUUCUGGAAUGCGUCUGGGGCAGCCUUUGUGACAGUCCAAGAGUCGGGACAGCUGGCGGGGGCACUGGGGGCAGAGAUCGUCUUGACGACACUGCUGACACUGGCCGUAUGCAUGGGUGCCAUCAACGAGAAAACACGGGGCCCUCUGGCCCCAUUCUCCAUCGGCUUCUCUGUCACCGUGGAUAUCCUGGUGGGGGGUGCUGUGUCAGGAGCCUGCAUGAACCCUGCCCGUGCCUUUGGACCUGCUGUGGUGGCCAACUACUGGAACUUCCACUGGAUCUACUGGGUGGGCCCGUUCCUGGCCAGCCUGCUUGUAGGAGUGCUCAUCAGGUUCCUCAUUGGAGAUGGGAAAACCCGCCUAAUCCUAAAGGGACGGUGAAGCUGAGAUGGUGGAAUUCCUGCCGCUCCAGUUGCCCUCAGUGGACCCCUCCUGGACUGCAGACAGGACAGCUUCUGCCAUUUCCUGCUAGGGCAGAGGACCAGAGGAGCAACUGACCUGAGCCUAGCUUCUCGGAUAGACAGACUGCCGCUAAGUCCUGAGGAUGCUCUAGGCUCUUUGAAUUCCUUUGUACUCAUCAGAGUCCUCAGCCCAGGGAACGUGUUGCCAGCACUGCCCAGAGGGAGGCAGAAACAGCACAACAGAAGAGUUUUUCUUGACAGGGAAGGUCUAGGAGCAGAAGAGCCGUUGGAAGAGAUGGCUGUGUAUGUACAUCAGCUCAUUUCCCCCACCCCGUUUUCUCUCCUUCUCUUGUUUCCUGAUUCUGACUAUGUAUUUCCUUGCUUCCUGAGCUGCCAAUCUAGCUUUGCAAUAAAUAGUCCAGUAUUUCCUUCCA